UUUACGCGGAAUUUUUGUGCUCGUUCAACGCAAAAAAUGUCGCUGGUUUCGUACGAUUACAGCAGUGCCGAGGAGUCUGACGAUGAACAAACGGAACAAGAAUCACGGCCCAUUCCCAGCGGAACUUCCAAAACCACAUCCGAACCACCGAAAGCAACAGUAGAGUCCGAUGUGCUGCAGGAUGUGGCAGCGAACCCGCUUUUGCCUCUUCCCGCGCCAAAACAAGCCACCAACAACGAGCUGGAUGAAGUGGAGGAAGAUGACGAGUUCCUGCACAAAAAAGCCAUUCCGGCGGAUGUGCCGCUGCCCACACCACCACCACCCCCGCCAAAAGAACUGUCCGCACUGAAAGCAAAGCUACGCAACGGAAAGGUACAAAUAACGGUCCCUUCCAUGAAGGAUUUUGAAGACGAUGAAGCAGGCAGUGCAACGAAGAAGAGCAAAGUUACGAUAGGUGCAGCGUUACCCAAAGCAGCGACUAGCUUGCUAAAUUUAUUGCCUAAACCGAGGACGGCUCUGUUCGCACCGUCGUCAUCGAAACCAGCAACAGCAGCAACAGGCUCUUCUACAGCGGAAGCUGCUGGCCCAUCGUUCUUGAAGCGGCUCGUACCGGAUUCUGUCGCUAAUCGACCACGUAGCGUUCCGGCGAGUGUGACGAAACAGACCACCACUCGACCAGUGGACCAACCGCCUGCAUCCGGCUCUCAAAAACGACCGAAAGCGGAAUCCAGCGAAGACGAGGACGAUGGUGAUAACGAUUUCUUUUCCUUCAACAAAGUCGAUGCCCUACCGACGGUCAGUGCGAACGAGAUCACGGCAAUGGUGGCCAAAAAGGCGGCCAAGAUUGCGGAAACGGUACGCAAGUACACGGAGCCGGAACCAAGCCCCGAGGAGGAUUAUGCAGCACAACAAUCCACAAUGAACCAACAGCUACCAUCGGCAGCAACCGAUUCACAGGAUCUCGCCAAUGAGAACGCCCUCGCCGCACUGAUCGGUGGAAAUCGAGCGAAACGCGGACGGGUGGAGCAGGUCGAUUUGAUCGAGAUCACCUCUGCCGACAUCGUUCCCUCGAAAGAGGACUUCCUGCGACGUCAGCUGCAAGAUGAGACGGGUUACGUUCCGACGGGCCAUCUCGUAGGGGAUUGGAAGUGUACCAGCAAGAAGAAAUCACACAUCACGCAGCUGGCCAGCAAGGCCCAGGCAAACGCUCAGGAGCUCGAAGCGAUGUGGGCCUUCAACCGACAAUCGCGACGCCAAACGCAAAGCAAAUACGGCUUUUAACGGUAGGGUGCAUCCGUUUUCGUCGGUUUCUAUAAUAAUAAAGCAGCAAUAUUUCAACAAAUAUGAUCAUUUAUUUUUUCUGUUAU